AUGGGAUCGUUCAUGGAGGAUCUCUGGUCGAGUAUCUUUACUCCAGGUCCCACUCCGACCCUCCUCGUCGCGACCAACGUCACCUUCGCCGCCCUCCAAGUCCUCCUCUUUGCUCUCCUCCUGGCUACAUACAGCAUCCAUUUCGUGGUGCUCUCAGUCCUGUCCGCGGGGUUGUGGUGGUCGAUCAACUGGUUUGCGCGUGAACUGAGCCAGGUGCAGGCACAACAAGCUCAGGGGACCCACGAAGAAAAGGACCAGGUGCGAGGUAGUACAAAGCCACCGGGCGCGCUGGACAGCAGCGAGAGUGAUACAGAAACCGAGACCGCGGCGAAAGAGAGCAUAGUGACUCCUAUCCCUGCUACAGAUAAUGCCCCCAGCCCUACUGCGUCCAGCCUCUCUACUUCGGCUACUUUGCAACCACCAGCGGAAACCAGAGGAGCUCGGAAACGACUCAGCGUGGGCGGUGACAGUUCAGGAUACCAGAGCACUGAUAGCGAGUGGGAGAAGGUGGACGACAGCAAUGCGUCUUGA